UGUUGAGCAAGUUGAUGCAUCAACUCAGGAUCUGCAGCUGUUUGCUUGCUUGUUACAUAACUUGCAUUUAAUUCUAAACUUCAAAUUUUGAAGCACACGAAAUAUACUUAAAUUAUUUAAAUAGCUCGAAGAUAUAAAUGAUAUAGCUAUAUUAUAUUAAUCACAAAUAAGCAUAUAAGUUAUUCAGUCAUUGUGUAUUAGUCCGGCAGAAAUUUUUUAGGGGUUCAGCAACAGCACAAUUUAUCUUAAGUAAUUAUGACAUCGAUGUCUUGGGCUGAAGGGAAGCCAAUUAAAGGUGUUCUGUUAGACAUUUCGGGCGUUCUCCGAGAUGGACAUGAAGCAAUUGCUGGGUCGGUUGAUGCAUUCCAUAAGUUGAUGAAAUCGGGGUUAGAGGUCCGCCUAGUAACAAACGAGUCGCAGGUUACACGCCAAGGAAGUUCGGAUACGUUGCAAAGCUUAGGUUAUCAAGGUGUCCUGUUAGAAAAUAUCUUUGCUCCUGCGCCUUUGCUAGCGAAGGAAUUGCUAAAACAUGGACAUCGUCCCCAUCUACUCGUUCAUCCUAAAGUCAAACCAGAAUUUGAUGCAGUUAUUGAUCAAAUUUCUCAAAGUGAAGGUGAAACUGACCCCACCUGUGUCGUAAUUGCUGAUGCGGCCGAAUACUUUACCUAUGAAAGUAUGAACACUGCAUUUCGUAUUUUACUGUCCAUGCAGCAAAAAGGAUUGGACCCUAAACUGUUUACACUUGGGAGAGGUCGAUACUACAAAGAAAACGGUCUCCUCUGGAUGGAUGUGGGACCAUUUGUAACCGCAUUGGAGUAUGGGCUGGAUAUUAAGGCUGAGUUAUUUGGAAAGCCGUCCCCUGUCUUUUUUCAUACAGCGUUGUCAUCCUUGUCGUCGGAUGGUGAAAUUUCAGCGGAUGAAGUCGUCAUGAUUGGUGACGACAUUAUUGGCGAUGUACAAGGAGCUAUGGACGCUGGGAUGCGAGGUGUGCUGGUUCGAACGGGAAAAUUUAGACCAGAGGAUGAAAAUCAUCCCACAAUUAAGCCAAGUGGAAUUGUGGAUAAUUUAGCGAGUGCUGUUGAUAUGAUAUUGCGUGGCUGUAAUACUAAUUAGUGGUAAUUAGAAUUAACUAGACAAUCAAGUAAUAUGACAAAAAUAUGACGUGGUACACCUGCAUGCAUAAAGUCCACAUACAUGUACAUACACAUCGACAUGAUGAAGAUCUGAUUUCGCAAAGUAUUUUUCCAAAAAUAUUAAAUAAAUUUAAAUUGGAAAAUUA